AUGCAAGAAACAAUCCCCUUCACCACGCACAUCCCGCCGGCCGCACCCGCCGGCGACGGCGGCGCCACCGUCGACGUGAAGAAGCUGGUGGUCGAGAACUCGAUCAUCGUGGUCGGGAAGCGAGGGUGCUGCAUGUGCCACGUGGUGAAGCGCCUGCUGCUGGGCCUGGGGGUCAACCCGACCGUGUUCGAGGUCGACGAGCCCGAGGAAGGCCACGUGGCGGAACAGCUGUCGUCGCUGGUCGAUGACGGCGGCGAGGUGCAGUUCCCGGCCGUGUUCGUCGGCGGGAAGCUGUUCGGCGGGCUGGAAAGAGUGAUGGCUACUCAUAUCUCCGGUGAGUUAGUCCCGAUCUUGAAGGACGCCGGGGCUUUGUGGCUAUAA